AUGAGUAGUGGUAUUAGUCCUAGUCCCAGUAACAACACUGCACCACCACCACCACCACCACCACCACCAUCACCAUUGUCAACCAACCAUGGCCUCUCGCUGUGGCGCUCCCGCCUCGGCCCCGCGCUGCGCACGGCUCUCGCCUGCGCCCUCGUCGGCGCAGCCACCGUCUAUGGGCCCGCAGCGGCGCGGCGCCACCUCGCGUUCCCGGCGUUCUCGUACGUGACCACCGUGCUCGUCGCCGGCGACGCGCGCUCCCUCGGCGAUCCCCUCCACGGCGCCGCGUGCGCGCUCUACGGGACUCUCCUCGGCGCCCUCCCCGCCGUGCUCGCGCUCCUCCUCAUCCGCCCCGCCGCGCUCUCCGCUCUCGGCGCCGCGCUCGCCGUCGCGCUCGGCGCCUUCGUCGUCGCGCUCCCCGCCGAGCCCGCCUCCCCCGCGUCGACCCUCGUCGCCAAGCGCGUCGCGCUCGGCCAAAUAGUGAUCAUCUACGUGGCCACGUUCACCGAGGAGGAUAUCACGCAUGGGCACGCCAUGCUGCGCCCUGUUCACGUGGCAGCGAGCACGGCUCUCGGGGCUGCGGCCUCCAUUCUCGCGUUGGUGCUCCCUUAUCCUAAGCUUGCAACGUCCGAGGUAAGAGAGAAGAGUAGGCUAUACACCGAGAUUGCGACGGAACGAGUGAGGCUUUUGGUGGAAGCUUUUUGUGCGGAGAACAUCUCUCGCAUGGCUUCAUUAAUCUCCCAAGCUAGAUGCUUUGGUGCAUCAAGCACUAAGCUCCUCCAUAAUAUUAAGCUCCACCAAGGGAAUUUAAACUGGGAGAGGCCACCACUCAAAUUCUUACCAUCUAAAUAUAUAGUAAGGAACCCAUUAGAUAGAUUACAAGACAUAGAAAUGCCCUUGAAAGGAAUGGAAAUUGCUAUAAUAUCCACAACAUCAGUUCCUACUAAAUCAUUUGAUCAAAUUCUCAAACCCAAUCUCCUCACUCUAAGAGACCAAAUAAGCCUCAGGCUACUAAUGCAAAGCCACUUCACAAGCAAAAAAGAGCUUGGAGAUAGAGCCCUUCAAUUACCAUUAAGUGCUUUUCCUGAAAGUAGCAAGGACCUUCCUUCAUUCUUCUUCCUUUUCUGCAUGAACCUGCUUCAUAAUGAACCUUCAAACAAGCAACUACUAGAUUCUGCAAAGGAGAAGAAGGUUACGCCGACUACCGAACAAUCCGAAGAAUCAUGCACAGAAGAGCCCCAGCAAAGAACACAAAUGAAGCCCAAAGCCACAUUUUCGUUGAACUUGACUAGCGAAAGGCUCACCGCCGUGCUAAAGUGUUCCCUCUCCUUAGCCCUCGCUGUUUUGUUCGGGGUUCUCUUCAGCCGAGAUAACGGGUACUGGUCCGGACUCACCGUGGCCAUCACCAUGACGCCACAUAGAGAAUCCACAUUCAAGUUGGCGAAUCUACGGGCUCAAGGAACUGCUUUAGGAUCGGUUUACGGAGUUCUGGGCGCGAUCAUAUCGCAAAAUUUGAUGGAGCUGAGGUUCUUGACUCUCCUACCUUGGAUCAUCUUCACAAGCUUUCUACGCAACAGUCGAAUGUACGCGCAAGCGGGAGGCAUGGCGGCAAUAAUCUCCGCGCUGAUAAUACUGGGAAGGAGAGACUAUGGUUCGCCAACGGCUUUUGCUAUCACUAGACUCACCGAAACCUUCAUCGGGUUUUCCUGUUCCAUCUUCGUCGAGGUACUCGUGCAGCCGACGCGGGCAUCGACUUUGGCUAGAAACCAACUUCAUCAAAGCCUCAAAACAGUAAGGGAAUGCAAAGAUUGUGUACUAAAUCCUGGAGCAUUAAAAGAGAAGGAGAGGAGGCUAAAAGGACAAGUGAAUAAACUAAAGAAGUACAUAAAUGAAGCCGACGCCGAGCCAAACCUCUGGUUUUCACCUUUCCCCACUGCUUGCUAUUACAAACUCUAUGGCUCACUGAACAAGAUUGUGGAGAUGGUAUACUUUGUAACUCAAUCCAUGGAGCUUCUCUUCGAAGUGUCGCGUGGACCUGCUUGUGAAAAGCUCAUUCAAGAGAGCAUGAGUGGAGAUGUGGAGCAGUUCAAGAAGUUGGUGGCUUCUUCAUUGAAGUGCUUUGAGGAGGUCACUCAGUUGAGGAAGCCAUUGACAAAAUUGGAAAAGAAACUACAGAGGAAGUGCACUUCAGAUGAUGAUAUUGAGCUUGGGAAACAGCAAGAAAUAUGUGGACAUGGUAACAUAUGUGCUAGUGAAGAGGAGUGUGAUAAGAUUAUAACAUCUUUUGUUAAUAAUGCAAAGGAAGUGAUAGAAAAGCUUGAUGGGGACAAUAAUAAUAAUAAUAUAAGUGGGGAACUAAAAAGCCAAGUUAUUCUUUGCAUGGCCUCAUUUGGGUUUUGCAUUAAAAGUUGGAUGAAAGAGGUGAGGGAGAUGGAGAGAGGGAUCCUGGAGCUGGUCCAGUGGGAGAACCCUGGAAAACACAUUGAUUUGAAUGAGAUUUAUUGUGAAGUUAAAAAGAUAUCUACUUCAUAGAUCUAGCUUUUAAUUGUUGUACCUUUUGUUAUUAAUGGCAAAUGCUAGACAAAUGAGGGUUGUAUUUUGCUCUGAUUUAAGGAUUGAAUGAAUGUAUUUUUCAUGAUUCAAUAAAAUGUGGAAUUAAUUA